GGGAUCAGCAGCCCAGGGAGCGUGUGAGGCGUUGGGGGAUGUAGAACUCUCCCUCUGGUAAGGAGCCCAGGUUUGGGGCACUGGUUUGGGUUUUAGUCUCUAGGUGAGAUAAUACUGUCCCUUGAACUCCUGUUUGUCUAUGGCCAUCAUGAUCCCUUUUUUCUUUGGCAGCAGUGGCCUCAGGGCAAUGAUGUGCCUGAUGAUGAGCAGGAUGAAAUCAGAAAUUACUCCGCUGUUUUUUCUCUUUGCUCCCUUGCAAGCAAGUACUGUGUUGUCUGUAGUUGAUUUUGUUGUUGGCAGAGAAACCUAUCUCCCAGGAUGUGCACUCCUCCUUUGCACCCUUUUCUCUGCUGUCCACCAAGUGUAAUAAUUCUAAAGAAAAAAAAAAAGACAGGCAACAUAGCAGUAGUGGAAAGCUGAGAAUAAUAAUCAGUAGAGUCAUGAAUCUGGCUGGGGUAAAACACAAUUUCUAAUUUCAGCUUUUUUUUUUUUUGUAAGCAGAGCAAAAAUACCCCCCCAUGGAUUGGGCUUGUGCCAGUUGCUUUUUAUUGUACACAUAAAUUGUGAUAAGAUUUUGGAUUUAUUUUUAUUCUUGUCCAAUUAUUCCUGCGGCUAAACUGUUAAAUUUUUUUUUCUUCAAAAUUCUUAGGGUUUCUUCUUGGUUUAUUGUAAAACCUCUUGUCCAGCUAUGGCUGGACAACUACUUACUUUGUUUCGUGACCCCUCUGAUACGACAUUCUCAUAAAAUCUUGCCUGAAGUGUUUCGGGUUACAUUUGUGUUUUAUCUAUUCAGUCGUAUUAGCAGGAAUAAAACGACUUGUUUCUGUUGUACUUGAGUCUUAUGAAAAGGUGCCCAUAGUUUAGCGACAGUUUCCAAAGGCUUUAGUACCACCUGUAUUACAAAAUGGGGGACCCAAACUCCCGGAAGAAACAAGCUCUGAACAGACUUCGUGCUCAGCUUAGAAAGAAAAAAGAAUCUUUAGCUGACCAGUUUGACUUCAAGAUGUACAUUGCCUUUGUGUUCAAAGACAAGAAGAAGAAGUCAGCGCUUUUUGAAGUGUCUGAAGUGAUACCAGUCAUGACCAAUAAUUAUGAAGAAAAUAUCCUGAAAGGUGUGCGGGAUUCCAGCUAUUCUUUGGAAAGUUCCUUAGAGCUUCUGCAGAAGGAUGUAGUACAGCUUCAUGCACCCCGCUACCAGUCUAUGCGCAGGGAUGUUAUUGGCUGUACCCAGGAGAUGGACUUCAUUCUUUGGCCUCGUAAUGAUAUUGAGAAGAUAGUCUGUCUUCUGUUUUCUCGGUGGAAGGGGUCAGAUGAACCCUUUAGGCCUGUUCAGGCCAAGUUUGAAUUUCAUCACAGUGACUAUGAAAAACAGUUUCUGCAUGUUCUGAGCCGAAAGGACAAGACUGGAAUUGUUGUCAACAACCCUAACCAGUCAGUGUUUCUCUUCAUUGACAGACAGCACUUGCAGACUCCAAAAAACAAAGCUACAAUCUUCAAGUUAUGCAGCAUCUGCCUGUACCUGCCACAGGAGCAGCUCACUCACUGGACGGUUGGUACCAUAGAGGAUCACCUCUGUCCUUACAUGCCAGAGUAAGGUACUGGCCAGCAAAAUGGGGAAGAUCACAGAAUGCAGCAGUGGAUUUUCACUUUCUUCACCACUUUAUUCUUUCAGAAUUUAGAAGAAAAUGGACUCAUGUUCAGAACACUAUACAUUGUGAAACUUAAUCAUCCUGGAUUUUUUUAAUCAUUUGUAUCUCAGAACUUUACAAUUUUUUUUAGAUGUUUUCUGCAUGGACCUUGUGAAAGAGAGGAUGCUCUGCGCGUUUCUGCACUGCAUCAGCAUCUUACUAAAAUGUGAAAUGAAGGGACUGUACACUGAAAGAAAUGUAUCUGAAAGCACAAGGUGAUCAUUUGUGGUGGUGUUCCCAUUUGUGCUGGUCAUGCCCCCCAACAUCUAUGUUAACCAUCAGUAUUUGGAGGGUGAGAAGUGAAUGUAACGGGUAUAAAAGCCUUAUAGCUUUGCUGUUAAUGAUUGUAUCAAAGAGCACUAUCAUUCAUUUCAAUGAACAGAAAGUGGCUAUUACAAUAGGAAGCAAAUGUGGGAAAGAAAUCUCUUUUAAAAAAAAAAGCAUCUCAUUUAAUGUGUAGGCAUUUUUGCCUCUCUUAUUUUGCUGGGCCAUGUCUAAGUUUACUGGCAUUUCUGUUUUGGAUCUCUUUCCCCAAGUUGCUGUAUAACUGUAUGAAAGUAUUAUUUUGAGUUGGAUGCAUUUAUACAGAUGAGGCAGACCUGGAGUCUGAAGUUGCUAAAGCAGCUGAAAAUAAAGUAAAAUAAUAGCUGCAGAAACAAUGUUGGUAGAAGAUUAUUUUUUUCUUGAGAGUUGAGACUUGUAAACUUGCAGGUGAACUGUGCAGGAAAUACUGGUUUCUAAAACAUUUCUUAUGGAAAACCCAUGGAGGUUUUUUCUUUUGGAAUAGACAUUAUAAAACAAUGUAAUAUAGUGUUUGGAGUGUCAAAAGUUGGUUCUGACAGAACAUUUUAAGAUUGUGCAAUGAUAAAAGGAAGACUACUGUAUAGUUUUGGUCACAGAAGGCUCUGCUUAAGGGUUGAGUACUUUACUGGAGUAAAACCGCAUAAGCCUUCUCCCUUUGGAUAAAACUAGUGCUUACCUGUUUAAGACUUGUAUUUAGCUUUUGUUUGGAAUUGGAAAAAAUUGGAAUUUAAAUAAAUUAGGUGAAAGAUGA